CCUCUUAAGCGUGAGCGAAGCAAAAGUGGGAGGGGAGUCUCGAUUGACAUGGGAGGAGGAUAAUCCAAUACAGGGAGACUUUACCAGGAAAAAGUCAGGGAACACUCGCGCUCUCCGAGACCUGGAUGAGCACCUCACAGACCGACACAGGAAUUGUGCGGGCCGACUGAUCUCCCGGAGGACGCGGUGUACCUCACUGGCCCUACGACUUGGGCGGCUGCUCCGGCUCAGGGGGUCGGGCGGGGAGGGCGCCGGGUACUGGGACGGUUGGUCAGGAUGGAGCGGUGGAAGAAAAUGCUGCCAAGCGUGUCGUUGAAGGUCAGCGCGUACAUCAAGGAGUACUGCAAGAGGAACGGCCUCCUGACGCUGUCCGUCUUUGCCGUGGUGACGGGCUGCACUCUGGGAUUCCUCUUGAGGUCGCUGAACCUGUCAACACAGGCCAAGAUCUACUUCUCUUUCCCUGGGGAGCUGCUGAUGAGGAUGUUGAAGAUGCUAAUUCUGCCUCUCAUCACAUCCAGUCUCAUGUCCGGUCUGUCAGCCAUGGACACGAAGGCCAGCGGCCGGCUGGGUGUCCUGACCAUCACUUACUACCUAUGGACCACUUUCAUCGCCGUCAUCGUAGGCAUCGUGCUCGUCCUCAUCAUCCACCCGGGGGUGGGCACGGAGAAGGACAGCCACCACGCCAGCUCGGGGCCUGUGAUGACUUCGGCUGAUGCUCUGCUGGACCUCAUCAGGAACAUGAUCCCUUCCAAUCUAAUUGAAGCAACCUUCCAACAGUACCGAACAGACCUAGUGCCCAUCGUGCAGAGUUCCAACGCGAAGGAAUCACAAGCCAACUACGUCUACGUCAUGCCCGACUAUCACAAUCCCCGCCUGGGCCACCCAGUCUUUCUGGACAUCACCCCAGCGCCGGACAUCAACUACAAGAUCGUGCCCAGUACCAGCAAGGGCAUGAACGUACUGGGGAUCGUCAUCUUCUCGGCCACCAUGGGGCUGCUCCUGGGAAAGAUGGGCGAACGUGGCGCGCCGCUGGUCAAUGUGUGCCAGUGCAUCAACGAGUGCGUCAUGAAGAUCAUUAACGCGGCCAUGUGGUAUUUCCCCUUUGGCAUCGUGUUCCUGGUGGCAGGGAAGAUCCUGGACAUGCACGAUCCGGCCCACCUGGGAGAAAAACUGGGCAUGUACUUCAUCACGGUCCUGUCCGGCCUGUUCGUGCACGGCCUCAUCUUGCUGCCCCUCUUCUACUUCUUCUUCACGCGCAAAAACCCAUUUCCCUUCAUCAGGGGCCUCCUGCAGGCUCUGGUCAUCGCCUUGGCCACGUCUUCAAGCUCGGCCACUUUGCCAAUCACCAUGAAGUGUCUGCUGGAGAACUGUGGCGUGGACCGUCAAAUUGCUCGCUUCGUGUUGCCCGUGGGAGCCACCAUCAACAUGGACGGAACGGCCCUAUAUGAGGCGGUGGCUGCCAUUUUCAUCGCUCAAGUCAACGAAUACGACUUGGACUUCGGUCAGCUGGUCACCAUAAGGUAUCUUUCGGAUAUUCAAUCUGCUAUACUGUUGGAAGAGUAA